CCCUUCCCCGCCCUUUCUCUUCCCGGUUUCCCAGUCAGCCUGCGGUCGGGUUUGGUGGCUGCUUCCGGUGGGACCGCGGUGCAGGGCGAGUCGGUCUCAGCUCCUCGUCAUGUCCUACGGUCCCUUAGACAUGUACCGGAACCCGGGGCCCUCGGGGCCCCCGCCUCGGGACUUCAGCAGCAUCAUCCAGACGUGCAGCGGCAAUAUUCAGCGGAUCAGCCAAGCCACUGUUCAGCUAAAGAAUUUGAUGAGCCAACUAGAAACUAAGCAGGACUCCGCCAAGCUACAGGAAAAUCUGCAGCAGUUGCAACACUCGACAAAUCAGCUUGCCAAGGAAACAAAUGAAUUACUGAAGGAACUAGGGUCCUUGCCCCUCCCCUUAUCGACCUCAGAACAGCGCCAGCAGAGACUUCAGAAGGAACGCCUCAUGAAUGACUUCUCUGCAGCCUUGAACAAUUUCCAGGCGGUGCAGAGAAAGGUGUCUGAAAAGGAAAAGGAGAGUAUUGCCAGAGCAAGAGCUGGAUCUCGACUUUCGGCGGAAGAGAGGCAAAGAGAGGAGCAGCUCGUCUCGUUUGACAGCCAUGAGGAGUGGAACCAGAUGCAAAGCCAGGAGGAUGAGGUGGCCAUCACCAAGCAGGAUCUGGAACUUAUUAAGGAGAGGGAAACGGCGAUUCGGCAGCUGGAGGCUGACAUUUUGGAUGUCAAUCAGAUAUUUAAAGAUUUGGCUAUGAUGAUCCAUGACCAGGGUGAUCUGAUUGAGAAAAUCUCGCAAGAAGAUCUGUAUCCUGGUGCUUGUCCUGACAGUGAUUGCUGCUAUCUUCGGACUUAUUAUGUGGUUAGUUUAUGGAAAGUGAUUGCCUCAGAGCUUUCUCCCACGGAACUGUUUUCAAGGGCAAAUGCUUGCUGGAGUCUACCAGAACAAACUGAUCACAGAAGAGAGCAUACAUCAGAACGUCCUGGAAUAACUUAGUUAGAAACUAACUACUAACCAGUCCUUGGAAUCAGUGACCUAUGGAGACAGUAUUUAUCAAUUUAUGUAUACAUUUUAUUGAUUUCUCAAAUUAGGAAUUAAUUUAUGUAGAUUUUGCUUUCUCUUCUAUUCUGAUUUACCCUUCAUCCCAAGUACUUACUGAAAAUUCCAUUCUAGAUAUUCUUGUUUUAACAGGGACACUACAGUUUGUAAAUUUCUUUUUAUGUGUAUACAAGAUUUACCUUUUUACUAGCAACUGACAUAGAAUUACUUUUUAGCACCCAGCAUAUUGGACUCUGUCAGAAACUGUAUAAUAAGCUCGCAAUUUUUAUUAUUUAACAUUUUAAUUUGAAUUUGUAAGAAGCCUAUUCUCUGUCUGCUUUGAAAGAUUUUGGCAAUGUAUUUAACUAGAAGGUAAGAAUUGCACAUGUGAUCCAGAUUAAAUGAGAAGUAUCGAUUUGAGCUGGCCAGUUGUGGGUUUAACGUUUACUUUAUUAUCUGCUAAUGUCAUCCACAGUAGAUCAUCCAUAUACACACUAACCCAUCAUGUUCACUUUUUGAAGAGAUUAAUUUAAUUGACAUUACUAUACUCCAAGGAGUUCCUUUCCCACCUGCUUAUAUAGAAAGGGAUAAUUAGACAAAGCAUGCUUUUGGAAAGCAAGUAGGAAUUGUUUGGAAUGAUUUGAUCAUUUUGUUGUUGUUCAGUUGUGGUUCUGCAUUCCUGGUGAAUGAUGAUGUUACUGUCAAAACACUGUCCUCCCUUAUAAGGGUCACUGGGCAUUUGAUGGCAGAAAGAUUUGAAAGGCUAGACUGUAGUUGGUUUAAAAUUUAGUCCUGUGAACCUGGCGAUAAAGCAAAGGAAAGGUUCAUUUUUGUAAAUAAUACUGGUUUGGAAUAGUGAUAUUAGACUUAUCUUAAUUUAUGAACAAGAAAUUAAUCUCUCUAUGCAUAGUUUUAGACAAAAAAUGUUUCAAUAAAAGAUUGUUGUCUUGUAAUAUAAAUAUUGUUCACUUCCCUUUUUAACAGGUUUAGAACAGUUAAAGGGAAUGUAAUUUCUUCAGGCUGUCACAUGAUUUAUAUGAAUUGGACCAACAAUUUCAGUUCAUCUUUUAGUGAAUUAGAGGAUUUGACCACGCUGGAUAUAUUAAUUUCUUCCAAUCCCUUUAAUGUUACUUAAUCUUCGUUUACCAAGCUAAUGUGAAUGGUAGGGAAACAAGAGCCCAGAUGCAUUCUUGCACCAUUCUACCCACUUAAUACAAAUAAACAUUUAAAAAAC